AUGGAUUCUUCAAGAGGCCCUCCCAGGGUCAAAAACAAGGCCCCAGCGCCUCAGCAAAUCUCAGCAGAGCAACUGUUGCGCGAAGCUGUUGACAGACAAGAGCCGGGUCUACAAGCACCGACACAACGCUUUGCCGAUCUCGAAGAACUCCAUGAAUUUCAGGGCCGCAAGCGCAAGGAAUUCGAGGACUAUGUUCGGCGCAACAGGAUUAAUAUGAACAACUGGAUGCGAUAUGCGCAAUGGGAGCUGGAGCAAAAGGAGUUUCGCCGUGCCCGCUCCAUCUUCGAGCGAGCACUGGAUGUCGACAGCACGAGUGUUGUGCUAUGGAUUCGCUAUAUCGAGGCCGAAAUGAAGAACAGAAACAUCAACCAUGCGCGGAACCUUCUCGAUAGGGCAGUCACAGUCCUUCCGCGAAUCGACAAAUUGUGGUACAAAUAUGUUUACAUGGAGGAAACUCUCGGCAACAUUCCUGGCACACGACAAGUUUUCGAGCGGUGGAUGAGCUGGGAGCCUGACGAGGCUGCCUGGCUGGCAUACAUCAAGCUUGAGAAGAGAUAUGGCGAGUAUGACCGGGCGAGGGCAAUCUACGAACGCUUUACGAUGGUCCACCCAGAACCGCGCAACUGGAUUCGGUGGGCAAAGUUCGAAGAAGAGAACGGCACGAGCCAGCUGGUUCGGGAUGUCUUCGGUGUUGCAAUCGAGACACUGGGGGACGAUUUCAUGGAUGAGAAACUGUUUAUCGCAUACGCACGCUACGAAGCCAAGUUGAAGGAGUACGAACGAGCGCGGUCCAUUUACAAGUACGCCUUGGACCGACUGCCUCGCUCGCGCUCGAUCGAACUGCACAAGUCGUAUACUCAGUUUGAGAAGCAAUACGGCAACCGAGAAGGAGUCGAGGAUGUGAUCCUGGCGAAGCGACGCGUCCAGUACGAGGAACAGGUAAAAAGCAACUCCCGAAAUUACGACGCGUGGAUCGACUUUGCCCGGUUGGAAGAGUCCGGGGGCGAUGUUGAGCGGGUUCGAGAUGUCUAUGAAAGAGCCAUCGCUCAAGUCCCGCCUUCGCAGGAGAAGCGGCAUUGGCGCAGAUACAUCUACCUCUGGAUUUUCUACGCCCUUUGGGAGGAAGUGACCAAUAAUGACGUGCAGCGAGCGAGACAGGUGUACCACGAAUGCCUGAAAUUGAUACCGCACAAGAAGUGGACAUUCGCCAAACUGUGGAUCAUGAAGGCCCAGUUCGAAAUACGUCAAAUGCAGCUUACGGCAGCAAGAAAAACGCUGGGUCAGGCCAUCGGCAUGUGCCCCAAAGACAAGUUGUUCCGGGCCUACGUGGACCUGGAGAAACAACUAUUUGAAUUUGCGCGGUGUCGUACACUCUUGGAGAAGCAGAUCGAAUGGAAUCCCUCAAACAGUCAAGCAUGGAUUCAGUUUGCCGAGCUCGAGCGCGGUCUCGAUGACCUGGAACGAGCACGCGCUAUAUUCGAGCUGGGCAUUGAGCAGCCUACCCUUGACAUGCCGGAGCUGGUGUGGAAGGCAUAUAUCGACUUUGAGGAGUAUGAGGAAGAAUACAGUCGCGCUCGAGCCCUGUACGAGCGACUGUUGAAGAAGACAGACCACGUUAAAGUUUGGAUCAACUAUGCACGAUUUGAAAUCAACGUGCCGGAUCCAAACGUGCCCGAGACGGACGAGAGUGAAGAGCAGCCUGUCAGUGAGGAGGCGAAGAGGCGAGCACGGGCAGUCUUUGAGCGCGCUCAUGAUCUAUUCAAGUCUAAAGAGAUGAAGGAAGAACGUGUGGACUUGUUGAAUGCGUGGCGGUCGUUCGAGCAGGCACACGGGUCCGCUGAAGAUAUUGACAAGAUUGAGAAACAGAUGCCGCGCAGGGUCAAGAAGAGAAGGAAGAUCGAAGAGGAUCGGUUCGAGGAGUACAUUGACUAUGUCUUCCCCGCGGAUGAUGAGAGCGCGGCCAAGAUGUCGAAACUGUUGCAGAUGGCACAUGCAUGGAAGUCGAAACAGCAAGCGAAUGGGGCUCUUGAGUGA